CUCUGCGUGCGCUGCUCUUUGGUUGUUUACUUUCUGAGCUCGUUAGAAAACGUUAAAAUAUAAAGCUACCGUUUAACGUUACUGUUGAUGAGGCUGCCGCUGACCUCGGGUCAGUUUUAAACAAACUCAGUUUUAUUUCUUUUAGCACAUUUAACCGCCGUUAGCACUGUUAGCUUGCUCGCUAACUCACAAACUGAACUUUGAACUUUGAGCCGACGUUGGAGCAGCUGCUGCGGAGAGCAGAGGUCAUCCGACAGCUCAGCCCCCUUCUCUUCCUCCUCUUCCUCUUCCUCCUCCCCUGAGACGAUGGCGAACCCUCUGAGGGCUGAAGUGGUCCGACUUUAUAAAAAUCUCCUCUACCUCGGGCGGGAGUACCCCAAAGGAGCCGACUACUUCAGGGACCGUCUGAGAGCGGCGUUCGCCAAAAACAGAUCGGUGCAGGACCCGGAGCAGAUCAAGGAGAUGAUCGGUCGGGGGGAGUACGUGGCCCGAGAGCUGGAGGCGCUCUACUACCUGAGGAAGUACAGAGCCAUGAAGAAACGCUACUACGAAGAGUAACAGACACUCACACUGGCAGAAACCACAGGACCCAUUCGUCCUGCUGGAAGUACGAGACAAACAUAAGAGGAAAAAAAUCUUUGAAUUUAUUGCAAACAGCGGACGCCGUCCCCUCGAGACAAAAACAGAAUCACUGAUUCAGUACAGAGAGAAAACAAAUAAAAGUAUAAAAAAGACAA